AUGCCAACUUGUGGUAAAGUUUCCUGCACAGGAACUUUUCUUUCCAAACGGGGACUAGAAGAGUCCCGACAUGGUGGUCCGCUGGGCCUUUUCUGUGGAGUUUUCGGUGGUCGAGCGCACACCUUCAGACCUCAGGAAGAUAUGGAGGAUGUACUAAUGGAAAGGGAUGUGAGGGAGGUGCUUCAAGAAGGGCCACCAAUGCUGAUCGCAGACGAGCGCACGAGGACCGACUACUAUCGCCAGUUUCACGAUCUCAACAGGACUGAUCCCAAAAUUAAAAACAUUCGCCAGACUGAACUGCUUGUCAAUCUGAGACAGGCUAUACUAGCGAUUGUACGUCACUUCCACAACAAUGACCCUAGCCAUGAGAAGGUGUCUGCUCAACCGGACUAUUCUCUUGCAAGCCAUGGAAGAGAUCUCACAACCUACGUUCAAAUGGCUGCAGUUCAAAGUCGAAGAGCCAAGGCACUAGAGGACUUUGCUCGUCAGGAAAAGGAUGAGCUGGGAUUCCUGCGGCAUGACAUUAUUACAGUUGUCGACAUGCACGAUGAGCAUUGCUGGUUGGGCGAGAUGAAUGGCCUGAGAGGGUGGUUUCCUGCCAAACUCGUGGAACUGCUUGAUGAGCGCUCAAAACGCUACUCGCCUGCUGGUGACGACUCUGUCUACCCCGGUGUUGGCAACUUAGUUAGGCGUGGACUAUGCUCCACACUGGGUGCGAUAUUUGAAUAUGGACUGAAAAAAAUCCGUGGACUGACAGACCAAAGAUCGAGCCCUUGGAAGUUUAUAGAAGAGGUUGCAACGUGGGAGGCCGAACGCGACUCCUCUUCCAUCCACUCGCGUCUCGUGUUGUGUCGAACCUUCCGGCUAGACGAGGUGGGCAAAGUGUUGAGUCCCGAAGAGCUACUCUAUCGAUCCAUUCAAAACAUCAACGCCUCGCAUUCUUCACCGAACACUUCAGAUGAUGUCAAGUUUCGUACUCUGAUUUGCAUCGGCCUAAAUGAAUUGGUACUUCACCUGUGGCUGGAAAUUCUCUGUUCGUGUGAUGAAGUAGUUACAAAGUGGUAUCAUCCGUGGUCCUUCCUGCGGAGUCCAGGAUGGGUACAAAUCAAGUGUGAGCUGAGGUGUGCUUUUGCAUUCAUCGAACUGACACAAUUGUACUUUUAUCGAGUUCUCAGCCAGUUCGCCUUCCAUUUGAACCCGUUGGCGGAGGUGAGUGGGGAAGUGUGCCAGAAGCACGAAUGCACCAGCGGUGGGACAGGGGCGGAAGUGCGACGACUCUUUCGUGCCGCCAAGAAGCCACUUCGCUUGCUCUCGCGAUUAAGUCUGGGGGGCCUGAGACCGCUGAGGGACUAUCAGCGUCUGGAACAAGACUUCGGUGCCUUUCGAUACGAUUUUGAGUCUACUGGUGACAUGCUUGUGAAGUACCACCUCUUCAGUUGGGAACUCUGA